CGGAAGCCGAACUCCUAAAACCCCAGUAAUUCUUCCGUCUAUAUGCUACUGGCUUCCCCACUCUAUUGGCGCCUCUUCACCCAAUCUAUCUGCCGCCGUCCUCCGCCGUGUAAACAGUUUCUCCUCCUCCGCCGUUUCUCAUCAGAACCACCAAUGGGAAAAGCUGCGAAAGGUUCCGAAGCUAAUUCCAGCGCCGUCUCCUACCCUAAAGACGAAAGUUAUCUACAAAACGUUAUUCCUAAACGUAUCGCUCUCUUCCAGUCUAUUCAGAAUGAGCAACACCUUCAGCGCCUUUCCCUCUCCCCUGAUCCUAUCAAGAUCGAGUUACCAAGUGGGACAAUGAAGGAGGGGAAGAAAUGGAAUACCACACCAUUGGAUAUAGCAAAGGAGAUAUCAAAGAGCUUGGCUUCAAACGCAUUGAUCGCGAAGGUGAACGGGGUGCUUUGGGAUUUGUUGAGGCCAUUGGAAGGUGAUUGUAAGCUAGAGCUCUUCACUUUUGACAGUGACGAAGGCCGCGACACAUUUUGGCACUCGAGUGCUCACAUUCUUGGCGAGUCGUUGGAGAGGACAUAUGGAUGCAAAUUGUGUAUUGGACCGUGUACAACAAGAGGAGAGGGUUUCUAUUAUGACGCCUUUUAUGGUGAACUGGGAUUAAAUGAGGAUCAUUUUAAACGGAUCGAGUCGGAGGCAGCAAAAGCUGUUUCGGAGAAACAACCUUUUGAACGCAUUGAAGUUUCACGGCAACAAGCUCUUGAUAUGUUCUCUGAUAAUAGGUUUAAGGUGGAAAUCAUUAAGGAUUUGCCUGAAGAUAAGACAAUCACAGUAUACAGAUGUGGUCCCUUAGUUGACCUAUGCCGUGGUCCGCAUAUACCAAAUACUUCUUUUGUUAAAGCAUUAGCUUGUACAAAGGCUUCAUCAGCAUAUUGGAGAGGAGAUAAGGACCGUGAAAGCUUGCAAAGAGUUUAUGGAAUAUCUUAUCCAGAUAAAAAACAGUUGAAGGAAUACCUAGCUAUGAUCGAGGAAGCAAAGAAAUAUGAUCACAGAGAGCUGACUAAGAAGCAAGAGCUUUUCUUUUUUCAUCCAUUAAGCCCUGGAAGUUGUUUCUUUCUUCCACAUGGUGCUCGAGUUUGCAACAAAUUGUUGGAGUUCAUAAAGAGCCAGUAUUGGAAGAGAGGCUAUGAGGAGGUUUGGAGUCCAAAUAUGUACAACAUGCAGUUGUGGGAAACUUCUGGGCAUGCUGCAAAUUACAAGGAGAACAUGUUCGUUUUUGAGAUUGAAAAACAAGAAUUUGGGCUGAAGCCAAUGAAUUGCCCAGGCCAUUGUUUAAUAUUUGAUCACAGAGUUCGUUCCUACAGGGAGCUACCACUCCGUCUGGCUGACUUUGGAGUUCUACACAGGAAUGAGGCCAGUGGUGCACUUACUGGCUUAACACGUGUCAGGAGAUUUCAGCAGGAUGAUGCUCACAUCUUUUGCAGGGAGUCACAGAUUAAAGAUGAAGUCAAGGGUGUCUUAGAUUUCAUCAGCUAUGUGUAUAAGAUAUUUGGUUUCACUUUCGACCUGAAGUUAUCAACGAGGCCUGAGAAGUAUCUUGGAGACUUAGAAAGCUGGAACAAGGCUGAAGAUUCUCUUGCGGAAGCAUUGGACGAGUUCGGAAAGCCCUGGGAGGUUUGCCAUCAAAUUUUCUUGGAUCUGAGAAUUAAAAAAAUUUGGACUUUAGACAUCAUUUAUUACAAUUUCACACCUUUUUUGGUGCUUCUUUUGUCCCACUCUUCCAUUUUGUAUGCUACAUCACUCAAUGAUGACACCAUUCUACUAUAAAGUUGUUUUAUGGAGCUUUCACUUUUUUUAGGAAUUCUACUUGACUUAUAUUUACUUU